AUGUCCAGAAAGGUUGGCUCCAUGUCUUGGUUCCCCCUGCUCCUGCCUCCGUGGCCCUCCUCUGCCCUCACCCUGCUGCUCCUCAGUGUGGGAGGCAGACAGAUGGGGCUGGAGGUGGUUCAGGCAGCAGUGUGCUCUCGGUGGGGUACACCGAACAGCAAGAGCCUCUCCCAAGAUGGAGACGUGAUCAUCGGUGGACUUUUUAAUCUGUAUUACAGACCUUCUGCUAUAGAGCAAGGCUUCACCAAGCUGCCACAUUAUAAACCUUGCACAGGUUUAGAUCUAGAGUCCCUAAAAUACAUAUAUGCUAUGGCAUUUGCGGUGGAAGAAAUUAAUCGCAACAGCACCCUUCUACCAGGAGUGAAGCUGGGCUAUCGUAUACUUGAUAGCUGUGCCCGAUACCCCUGGGCUCUGCAAGUUGCACUAUCAUUGGUCGGAGGAGACAUACACAGCUGUGGUCAACCUGUUCCUUUGCUCAUUGGUCCUGGCACAUCAACAACAACCAUAAUUCUGUCCAGGAUCAUGGGGCCUCUCUUUGUGCCACUUAUCAGCUACCUGGCAAGCUGCCCCUGUCUUAGUGAUAGGCAGAAGUUUCCUAACGUCUUCAGAACAAUCCCCAGUGAUAUUUACCAAGCGCGGGCCAUGGCACAGCUGGCCAUACGCUUCCACUGGAAUUGGGUUGGGGCAGUGGUUGUGAACAAUGAUUAUGGUCAUGUGGCAAUACAGGCAUUUCAAGAAGAGACUCAGGGGAAGGGAGUGUGUUUGGAAUUCAUAGAGACAGUCCGCAGAGAAACUAUUGUCAGUGAUGCCAGACGUGUAGCCCUUACAAUUCAAGCUUCGACUGCAAGGGUGAUUCUGAUCUUUUGCUGGUAUACAGAAGCAAAGAAGGUAUUUUUGGAGCUGGCCAAGAGAAAUGUGACUGACAGACAGUUUCUGGCAAGUGAGGCUUGGAGCACCAGUGACGAUCUUCUCCAAGACAUUGCUAUCUCUGAAGUGGCAAGUGGUGUUCUCGGUGUGGCCAUUCGUAGUUCAACAAUACCCGGAUUUGAAAGUUAUCUCAGAAGUUUGCAUCCAAUUCGUCGUCCUGAUGAUGAAUUCUUACAUGAAUUCUGGGAGAAGCAGUUUGGAUGCAGUCCUGGAACAGCACAAAACAAAGCUUCUCUACCACUUUGCAGCGGGGCAGAGUCCCUGGAGGGAGUGCGGAAUCACUUCACUGACACCUCCCAGCUGAGGGUGACAUAUAAUGUCUACCUUGCUGUUUACGCUGCAGCCCACGCCCUUCACAGCCUUCUGUCCUGCCCUGAUAGAGACAGCUCACCCAAAAACAAAAGCUCAGCCUGCUCCUCUCCCAAACGUAUCACACCCAUAGAGUUGCUGCAGCACUUGAACAAAGUGAAUGUCACCACACCACAAGGUGAAAUGUUUUACUUCCAAGGCGCAGACAUUCCAGCAAAUUACGACCUUGUCAACUGGCAGAACAGCCCUGAGGGGUCUCUUAAACUUGUUUUAAUUGGUCGUGUGGACGGGUCUGACCUCCGCCUUAAUGAGUCAGCCAUUCAGUGGAGUACAGGUUCCAAUCAGCUUCCUGUUUCCGUGUGCAGUGAGAGUUGCCCCCCAGGCACCCGUUUGGCCAAUAGGAAAGGAGAACCUGUCUGUUGCUUUGACUGUAUCCCAUGUGCUGAGGGGGAGAUUAGCAAUAAAACUGGUUCCCUUCACUGUGAGCGUUGUCCAUUAGAGUUUUGGUCCAAUGAUGAACGAACUGCCUGCAUCCCUCGCCAGCUGGACUUCCUUUCCUUUAAUGAGACUUUGGGCAUUACCCUGACAACAGCAGCUGUGUCUGGUGCUGCCAUGACUACAGCUGUGUUUGUGGUGUUUCUCUACUAUCGUCAUACACCCAUGGUGCGAGCCAACAACUCAGAACUGAGCUUCCUGCUUCUCCUGUCGCUGAAGCUCUGCUUCCUGUGCUCUCUGGUGUUCAUUGGCCGUCCAUCAGUCUGGGCUUGUCGUUUCCAGCAGGCAGCUUUCGGGAUCAGCUUUGUACUUUGUGUUUCCUGCCUCCUGGUCAAAACUUUAGUAGUUCUUGCUGUUUUCGGCUCAGCUCAUCCUGGUGCUGAGGCUUUGAUGAAGUGGUUUGGUCCUGGCCGGCAGAGAGGAAGUGUCUGCUUCUUUACAUCUAUACAGAUUAUCAUCUGUGCCAUUUGGUUGUCCCUCAGCCCCCCGGUGCCUCAACGUGAUCUGGGUUUCAAAGGGUCAAAGGUCACCCUGGAGUGUGCCAUGGCCUCUGUGGUGGGCUUCUCUUUGGUUCUGGGUUACAUUGGUCUGCUGGCCUGCACCUGUCUCCUCCUGGCCUUUCUUGCUCGGAAACUCCCUGACAAUUUCAAUGAGGCCAAAUUGAUCACCUUCAGCAUGCUGAUAUUCUGUGCUGUUUGGAUAGCCUUUGUCCCGGCUUAUGUUAGCUCUCCUGGGAAGUAUGUUAUCGCUGUGGAAAUUUUUGCAAUCCUGGCUUCUAGCUAUGGUUUACUGCUCUGCAUUUUUGCCCCCAAAUGUUUCAUCAUUCUUUUGAGGCCAGAGAAAAACACUAAGAAACAUCUGAUGGCCAGUUUGCAAAAUCUUCCAUUACAGUAUCUUUAUGCUAUGGUGUUUGCGUUGGAGGAAAUCAAUCAUAGUACAACCUUGCUACCAGGUAUGAAGCUGGGCUACCAUAUUCGUGACAGCUGUGCCCUACCCCUUUGGGCUAUGCAGGCAGCGCUGUCAUUGGUUGGAGGAGACACCACCAGCUGUAAUUCCACAGACCCUCCAGACUAUUCAGAUGGAUAUGAAGAGGGAAUAGGAGAAAGGAGAGGUGGUCAGCCUGUUCCUUUGAUCAUUGGUGGUUCCUCGUCUAAAGCAGCCAAGAUACUCUCCAGAAUGCUGGGGCCACUCUCUGUACCUUUAAUAAGCUACACGGCUAGCUGUCCCUGUCUGAGUGACAGGCGACAAUAUCCGAACUUCUUCAGGACCAUGCCCAGUGAUAUUUACCAGGCCUGGGCCAUUGCCCAGCUUGCCAUACGCUUCAACUGGACGUGGGUGUUUCAGGAAGAGACUCAGGGGGCAGGUGUGUGUCUGGCAUUUGUAGAGACUCUCCAAAGGGAAAACAUUGUGAGUGAUGCCAGACAAGCAGCACUCACAAUUCGAGCCUCAACUGCGAAAGUGAUUCUGAUCUUUAGCUGGUACACAGACGUGAGGGAACUAUUCCUGCAACUCGCCAAGAUAAAUGUGACAGACAGACAAUUUCUGGGCAGUGAAGCUUGGAGCACCAGCGCCGACCUUCUCCAACAUCCAGUCACUUCUAAAGUGGCAAGUGGUGUUCUUGGUGUGGCCAUUAGAAGUUCAGCUAUACCUGGAUUUGAAAAUUAUAUCAGAACCCACACCCUUCACAGCCUUCUGUCCUGCCCUGAUAGAGACAGUUCAACCGGAAACAAAAGCUCAGCCUGCUCCAUUCCACAACACAUCAAACCCAUAGAGGUGCCAACUUCAGUGUGCAGUGACAGCUGUCCCCCAGGUACCCGCAAGGCCAACAGGAAAGGAGAACCUCUUUGCUGCUUUGACUGUAUCCCAUGUGCUGAAGGGGAGAUUAGCAAUAAAACUGGUUCCCUUAACUGUGAACGUUGUCCAUUGGAGUUUUGGUCCAAUGUUGAACGUACUGCCUGCAUCCCACGCCAGCUGGACUUCCUUUCCUUUAAUGAAACUUUGGGUAUUACACUGACUGCAGUAGCUGCAUCUGGUGUAACGGUGACAACUGCUGUGUUUGUGGUGUUUCUUUACCACCGUCACACACCCAUGGUGCGAGCCAACAACUCAGAACUGAGCUUCCUGCUUCUCCUGUCGCUGAAGCUCUGCUUCCUGUGCUCUCUGGUUUUCAUUGGCCGUCCAUCAGUCUGGGCUUGUCGUUUCCAGCAGGCAGCUUUUGGGAUCAGCUUUGUACUUUGUGUUUCCUGCCUCCAAGUCAAGACCAUAGUUGUCCUGGCAGCGUUUCGCUCAGCUCGUCCUGCUGACUUGGACAUCCCAGGGUUAAAGGUCACCCUAAAGUGUGCCAUGGCCUCUGUGGUGGGCUUCUCUUUGGUUCUGGGUUACAUUGGUUUGCUGGCCUGCACCAGUCUUCUCCUGGCUUUUCUUGCUCGGAAACUCCCUGACAACUUCAAUGAGGCCAAACUGAUCACCUUCAGCAUGCUGAUAUUCUCCCAGGCCCUGCUGCUUUUUUGGCUUGUGGGCAGACAGCUGGGGCUCAGGGUGGGUCUGCAGUGUGUUCAGGCAGUGAGUUGUUCUCGUUGGGGUACACCCAGCAACUGGGGUCUGUUCCAGGAUGGAGAUGUAGUAAUUGGUGGGCUCUUUAGUCUUCAUUACAAACCUUCAGCGAUAGACAGUGACUUCACACAGCUGCCACACUACAAACCUUGCACUGGUUUAGAGCAUGUUCCAUUGCAAUAUAUACAUGCUAUGGUGUUUGCGGUGGAGGAAAUCAAUCACAGUACAGCGCUGCUACCAGGUGUGAAGCUAGGGUAUCAUAUUCUGGAUAGCUGUGGUCGACCACCAUGGGCUGUCCAGGCAGCGCUGUCGCUGGUUGGAGGAGACAGCAGCAUCUGUAAUUUAACAGACCCUCCAGACAGAUAUCGAGAGGGAAUUGGAGGAAGGAAAGGUGAUCACCCUGUUCCCCUGAUCAUCGGUGGUGCUUCAUCUGUAACAGGCCAGAUACUCUCCAGAAUCCUGAGCCCGCUUUUUAUCAGCUACCUGUCAAGCUGUCCCUGUCUUAGUGACAGGCGUAAAUUCCCAAACUUCUUCAGGACCAUCCCCAGUGAUAUUUAUCAGGCCCGAGCAAUUGCUCAGCUUGCCAUACACUUCAACUGGACCUGGAUUGGGGCAGUGGUAGCAAACAAUAACUAUGGUCACAUGGCAGUAAAGGUGUUUCAGGAAGAGACUCAGGGGGCAGGUGUGUGUCUGGCAUUUGUAGAGACUCUCCAAAGGGAAAACAUUGUGAGUGAUGCCAGACGAGCAGCACUCACAAUUCAAGCCUCAACUGCGAAAGUGAUUCUGAUCUUUAGCUGGUACACAGAUGUGAGGGAACUAUUCCUGCAACUCGCCAAGAUAAAUGUCACUGACAGACAGUUUCUGGGCAGUGAGGCUUGGAGCACCAGUGGUGAUCUUCUACAACAUCCAAUCACUUCUGAAGUGGCAAAAGGUGUUCUUGGUGUGGCCAUUAGAAGUUCAGCUAUACCUGGAUUUCAAAAUUAUAUCCAAAGUUUGCACCCAUCUCAUCGUCCUGAUGAUAACUUCUUAAGAGAAUUCUGGGAAGCUGAAUUUGGUUGUAGUCCUACUGCCACACCUUUCUUUUCAUAUGCCUCUCUAUCCUUCAAGUCUAAAGCUUAUCUGUCACUCUGUACUGGCACAGAGUCCCUGGAGGGAGUGCAGAAUCACUUCACUGACACCUCUCAGCUGAGGGUGACAUAUAAUGUCUACCUUGCUGUUUACGCUGCAGCCCACGCCCUUCACAGCCUUCUGUCCUGCCCUGAUAGAGACAGCUCACCCAAAAACAAAAGCUCAGCCUGCUCCUCUCCAACAAAUAUCAAACCCAUAGAGCUGAUGCAGCACUUGAACAAUGUAAAUUUCACCACACCACAGGGUGAAAUGUUUUAUUUCCAAGGCGCCGACAUUCCAGCAAAGUACGACCUUGUCAAUUGGCAGAGAACCCCAGAGGGGUCACAAAAGCUUGUUUUGAUUGGUCGUGUGGAUGGGUUUGAUCUCCGCCUCAAUGAGUCAACUAUUCAGUGGAGCACAGAAUCCAAUCAGGUGCCCAUUUCAGUGUGCAGUGAAAGCUGCCCCCCAGGGACCCGCAGAGCCAGAAGGAAAGGACAACCUCUUUGCUGCUUUGACUGUAUCCUAUGUGCUGAAGGGGAGAUUAGCAACAAAACAGGUUCCCUUCACUGUGAGCGUUGUCCAUUAGAGUUUUGGUCCAACGCUAAAAGAACUGCCUGCAUCCCUCGCCAGCUGGACUUCCUUUCCUUUAAUGAAACCUUGGGCAUUACCCUGACUACAGCAGCUGUGUCUGGUGCCGCCCUGACAACAGCUGUGUUUGUGGUGUUUCUCUGCUACCGUCAAACACCUUUGGUAAGAACCAACAACUCAGAACUGAGCUGUUUCCUCUUGUUCUCUCUUUUUUUGUGUUUUCUCUGUCCCCUCACUUUUAUGGGCCGACCCACUGUCUGGACGUGCAUGCUGCGUCACACAGCUUUUGGUGUGACAUUUGCACUUUGUAUUUCCUGUGUGUUGGGCAAAACUAUUGUUGUUGUUACAGCUUUCAAAGCCACAUUUCCUGGCAACAAAAUUGCAGUACAAUUUGGUCCUGCACAGCAAAGAAUCAUAGUGUUCUCUUGCACUUUAAUUCAGAUAGUAAUAUGUGUGUUGUGGCUUAAGUUAAGCCCACCUUUCCCAGACAUGGAUUUUAAAUACAGCAAUAAGAAGAUCAAUUUGGAAUGUAACACAGGCUCUGAGGCUGCUUUCUAUGCAGUGCUGGGGUACAUAGGGAUCCUUGCAAUGAUAUGUUUGGUCCUGGCAUUUCAAGCAAGAAAUUUGCCCGAUAACUUUAAUGAAGCCAAGUUUAUCACAUUCAGCAUGCUCAUAUUUUGUGCUGUCUGGAUCACUUUCAUCCCAGCAUAUGUCAGCUCUCCUGGGAAGUUCACUGUAGCUGUGGAAAUAUUUGCAAUUCUGUCAUCAGCAUUUGGCCUGUUCAUUUGCGUUUUUGCACCUAAAUGUUACAUAAUAUUGAUCAAGCCAGAGAAAAAUACCAAAAAGCAUGUCAUGGGAAAAAUAAUUUGA